GAAAUUUAUGAUCUCAUCAUCAUCAUUUAAUUAAUUAAUUUUUUGAACUUUUUUGUUUUUUUUUUUUGCUCUCACUUCUUUCACAAGUAACGCUUACUGAAAUUCAGAAUCCUCAAAGUGAGUGAGUGAGUGAACAUUGGUUGUUAUAUAUAAAGGACAUGAUUUUAUGCUUUGUUGAUGAAAUUAAAAUCAUGGGUUGUUGUUGAUUUUGGAUUUUGAGCUGAGUUGUUAGUGUGGAAAGAAGGAAGGAAGAAGUUGUUAGAAAUGCGGCGUCGGGUUGCUGAGUUUCGGCGCCCGAUUAGACGGAGGUUGUCUUAUGGGAUCUGUUUUCUUCUUGGAGCGUUCUCUGUUGUCGGUUUGGUUUUGUUUUUUGUUCAACAUAAUUACCAUCAAGAUCGGGUCCACCAACAUCCUCUUCUGCUGGAGAGGAAUACAAAUGUUGAACAUUUUUCAAAGAAUAGAGUGAAUUUAACCGAAGAAAUUUUAACUGCAACAUCUCUUUCAAGGCAAUUAUCAGAGGAAAUGGUUCUGGCCAAGGCUUAUGUGGUUAUUGCCAAACAACACAAUAAUUUUCACCUAGCAUGGGAGCUUAGCUCAAAGAUUAGAAGUUCCCAGCUUUUGCUUUCAAAGGCCGCCAUGAACGGAAAGCCUGUCACCAAGGAGGAAGCCGAACCUAUUAUUAAAAGCCUAUCUUCUUUAAUUUUCAAGGCACAAGAUAUCCAUUAUGACAUUGCAACCACUAUAGUUACAAUGAAAUUGCAUAUUCAAGCACUUGAAGAGCGAGCGACUUCGGCGACCGUUCAAAGCAAUGUGUUUGCUCAAAUAUCAGCCGAAGCACUGCCGAAGAGUCUUCAUUGCUUACAUUUGAAACUUACAGGUGAUUGGCUAAAGAAACCCUCCCUGCAAAAACUUGCAGAUGAGGCGAGAAACUCCCUACGGCUCACGGAUCAGCAUCUAUAUCAUUUCUGCAUAUUUUCGGAUAAUGUACUGGCAACAUCAGUCGUUGUUAACUCAACCGUUCUUAAUGCUGAAUAUCCAAUGCAGUUUGUUUUUCAUAUUGUAACCGAUGGUGUCAACUAUGGAACGAUGCAAGCGUGGUUUCUCAGUAAUGACUUUAAAGGUGCAACCAUAGAGGUGCAGAAUGUCGAAGAGUUUCAUUGGCUCAAUGAAUCUUAUUCUCCGGUUGUGAAGCAGCUGCUCAAUUCCGAAUCUCGAGCCUUUUAUUUCGGUGCAUAUCCAGACGUCAAUGCUGAACCGAAAUUGCGGAACUCCAAGUUUUUGUCUUUACUUAAUCAUCUUCGGUUUUACAUCCCCGAAAUUUAUCCACAACUUGAAAAGAUUGUCUUCCUUGACGACGAUGUUGUAGUCCAGAAAGACCUAACACCACUUUUCUCACUUGAAUUGAAUGGAAAUGUAAUUGGUGCAGUCGAAACCUGUCUUGAAGCAUUUCACCGUUACUACAAGUAUCUCAACUUCUCAAGUUCAAUCAUAAGCUCAAAGUUCGACCCACAAGCAUGCGCUUGGGCAUUAGGUAUGAAUGUUUUUGAUUUGGUUAAAUGGAAGAAAGAAAAUGUGACCGCAAUAUAUCACUAUUGGCAAGAGCAAAAUGCUAAUGGAUCGCUCUGGAAGCUUGGUACACUUCCUGCUGCACUUCUUAGUUUUUAUGGUUUGGCCGAACCACUUGACCGAAGAUGGCAUGUUUUAGGAUUAGGUUAUGACCUAAAUAUCGAUAAUCGGCUCAUUGAAAGUGCGGCUGUUAUUCACUUCAAUGGCAACAUGAAACCGUGGCUGCGAUUAUCUAUAAGCCGAUAUAGGCCACUAUGGCAUAAGUACAUAAAUCAAAGUCACACUUAUUUGCAAGAAUGUGCUAUAGGUUAAAAUGCAGGGGCCUCUCCGACAUUUUGGAGACUCUUGUGCAAAAUAUAAAAGUGGCAUUUUAAUAAAAUAAUAUAA